CGCGUCAUCUUUCUUGGCGGCCGUGGCCAAAUUCCUUCUUUCUUCUCCGGCUGCCUUAGGGAACAAGCCAAAACCUUAGCUUAUAUAUAUAUAUAUAUAUGCACACAAACCCCUCGUUCUUGUUCUCUCUUCGCCAUUGAUAAACAAAAGGAUCGUUCCUAUUUAAUCUCUAAUAAUAGUUCAAGAAUUUCAAGCUUCGAUUGGGAAAUCAGGUGCAGAGAGGCGGCGAUGGGAGAAGGAACGGAGGCUUUCCCGGAUUUGGGCAGACACUGCCAGCACCCCGAAUGCAAUCAGUUGGAUUUCCUCCCUUUCAAUUGCGACCGGUGCCACAAGGACUUUUGCUUGGAACACAGAUCCUACAUGGAUCAUGAGUGCCCGAAGCCGGACCGGACAAGCAGAAAGGUUAUCGUGUGCGAGACCUGCUCGGCUUCUAACGAGACCACGGGGCAGGACGAGGAAGACGAGCGGGUGAUGAUGGAGAAGCACGUGAAGUCAGGAUCCUGUGAUCCCUCAAAGAAGGAGAAGCUCAAGUGCCCCAUCAAGCGGUGCCGAGAAGUGCUGACCUACUCCAACACGAGCACUUGCAAGACUUGCCAGGUCAAGGUCUGUCUCAAGCACAGGUUCCCAGCUGAUCACAACUGCCAGAGGCGGCCGACAGCAGCUUCCUCCAGCUCUGGAAGUGCCGGGCAGUGGAACGAGAAGUUCUUGGCUGCUCUGGGGCUCAGGAAUGGGAAAGACUGCUCGAAGGACAGUCGUGGAUCUGCGGCGUCACCAAGAGCUCCAUCUGUUAAAGCAUGCUGAUUUUGGGAACCAUUCAUAGGCUUCAUUCAUGUUUAUUACUCUUUCUACCUUGUUGGGUUGGAUUCAUGGAUAUUCUUGUAUGAAUCGAAAACAAAAGUUAUAACUAAUCCUACGAAUGAAUACUCGUAUCCUCUUA